CUCGUACCUCUUAGAGUGAAGCUUGUUAGGCAUCUGCUUCUCCCUUCUGCCGGUUGCAGAUCUUGGAUCUAUGAUUUUGUCUGGGGAAAACAUCGUUUUUUCUCCAUGUUCUUGAGCUUAUUUUCGAAAGGUAUACUACUACUCAGAAAGAUAGGAGAUGGAUUCAAAAAAGCCAACCUUGGCUCUUUACUUUCAGACUUGUUUGUCUGUCCGUGGUGGUUCUUGCAACUCCACACCCUUUUAUGGUUGAGGAUCUCCUCACAAUUCCAAGGCUCAUCAAAAGGUGCAUGAUCACUUUUGUAGCCAAGCUUCUUGCUGCUUUCUAUGCAUUUGUUGCGGCAGCAUGUUCGGGUAGCAGCUCACCGAGUGUGGCUUCUGAUUCCCGUGGCGUCAUCUCACCGAUUAGCACUAGGGAUUCACUCUUAAGUUGCUUGUGUGUUAUGUUUGCUUAUAUCUAUGUUUAUGUUACCUGCUUUGCAUGUGAUGCAGCAGUUUCUUUAGCUAGUCUAGCUCUGUUAUAUUACUUGUUGAACGAUUACUCUUUUGAUGGAGUCUAAGCUUAGUUUAUGAAAGUUGGUUUGAACAAAAAAAAAAAAUAAGAUUACAAGUGCAUGACUAUAUUUCAACAUCACAAAUAAAAGAUAGAACUAAAAGCGACAGCCAUGGGAAUACCAAAAGUGAAGUUGGCUUGGGUCGAGGAACGAAAGAGAAGAGCAACUGUUUGCCAGCGGAGGAUGAAAGAAUUGAUUCAAAUGGCUGAAGAACUAACCAUCGUUUGUGAUACGAGUGCAUGUUUGGUCUUUUACAACCGUAAUAAUGGUAAGCUGGUGGGGUGGCCAUCUCUGGAGGAGGCUCAAUCUCUCAUUGACUGCUAUAACGCAUUACCGGAAACCGAGAGGAACAUGAACGCGGAUGAUGAAGAGUCAUCAUUCAUCAAGACCAUUACCAAGGAGAUCGAGAAGAAACUAGAGCUUUCUCGGAAGGCUGUCGAGGAGUUGAAGAUGGAUAAUCUCAUGCUCCAAAUCAAAAAUGGUAGUAGAAUGAUUGCUGAUCUUUCUCAAACCGAGAUUGAGAAGUUAAAGUCAUAUGCAAGUAAGAAAAUUGCGUAUUAUGAUAGAGAGUUACGUAAGCAACAUCCGAAUACGAGUGGCAAUGAGCCAUUUCUUGAGGAUGACGAUGGGGAGAUGAAGACCUAUGAAGGAGAGAGCAGCGAGUCUGAUGGUGCGGACAAUCCCUAAUGAAGCCGCUAGCCGUCGAAUAAUAAAAUUAAUGUGUCUUGGAAUAAAGUUUUUAUUGUUGUGUCUUUGCAUUCUCGUUUCAUAUUUCUAGUUUUUGUUGCUUUGGUCAUGUUUCUUGUUUUUUUUUGUUUUUGUUUCUUGUUGUGUCUUAAACUUGUGUCUUUGUUUGCAUAUGUUAACCUAAAUUAAUGCAAUGUUUUCCCUUUCAAUCAUUGAAGAGCUCAUCUCGUAUGUAACACUAUAUGCUUUCUAUGGUUCAACAUAAAGCAAAUUCUUUAAGAAUAAGCUAUAUUUUGAUAAAGCAUCGUAUUUAACUGAGAUUAUCAUUGGCAUGCAUGUCAAACUAUAGGUACAUUAAUUUUCAUGAAUAAUUUGAUAUGGAAAAAGUUUCUCCAACGUUUCUUUUAUGAUGCUUAAACCUUAAAUUCACACGUAAGAUUCAUUGUUGUCUUUCUUGAUUUUCCCCGACCGCUGGAUCUUUCGUUGCUUGCUACGUAGUAAAACUUUUUUUAGCAUAUACAUGAAGAAUACAAAUUACUUAGUAACUACAAUUUCAAGAGAUUUGUUUCAGUGUGUGUCCUGUCCACGUUAUUGACUUCACUCAUUAGUCCAACGCUUUCAGUGUAAUGAUAAAUGAAACCAAAGAGAAGAGAGAGAGUAGAAUUACACCCCAAGAUUCCAAUAGCAUUCUUAGCUAUACAUACUUGAUGUAGUACAUCUAUAAGGACAUCUAUAAGGACCACUCUUCUUUGAUUGCUCCUUCAAAGUACACAGAACUUUCAAGUGCGCAGUGUUUAUAAACAAGGCUUUUGGGGUAUUAGGUUGAUUAAAGAAUCUUGAUUAACAUUUGAAGCCUGUGAAGUGUGUGAGAGAAAGCUUCAAUCUGCACACACCAAAAAUGUGAUUCAGAAUACAGUACUCAUGAGGAUUCAGUAGGGUGAAAAAAAUGCCCUUCUACUGUAAAACCUUUAUGCAGAGAAAGCUAUGGGGGUUCCCCAGUAAAAAAAAAUUACGCUUCUAAACAAGUUUCAGAAGGAUAUUGCAACUACUUACCUAUAUCUACUGAGAGAUAUUCAGAGACAGACACUACUUAAUGUGUUCAUGAAGGUUUAUAUGUAAAGUGUCCACUGAACUUCGACAUGGAUAUACUUAGGAAAAACGUUUCAUCUUCUAGCAAAUUCGUUCUUCCCUUUAUAAUAUCUCUAGCCAGACUAUGUACAAGUUUUCAACUACCUCUAACAGUGUUCCCGGGGGGAAAACCAAAUUCUCCAAUGUCCAAAUCUAUUGAAAUCUCUAAGGUAAAAGGUCGAGACAGCAAGCAAGCACUCAAGAAAAAAGUAUGCAUGUGGCUCUGAUCAAUAGGUAUGAUAUUCAUAUGGAAAAUUCAUUUUGAUAACCCUGGACCAGAUAUUAAUUUAGAAACCAUGCUGCCAUAUUCUGUCAAUCAUAUCCAAUAAGAUCAAUAUCUCACAGUGCAUCAAAUUAGUUGGCAAUUGAUUCUAGCCAUCAAAUAGGUAAUUCUUGAAGCAUGAUUUUUUUUUUUGGGAAGCAACUUCAUUGAUUAAAAACAAACGUCUAACUGAUUAAAUCAAUCUUUACAUGGCGUAAGGCCUCCUUAGC